AUGGAGCUGGAGGCGGCGACCCGGCGCUUCCACCUCUGGUUCCGCGGGCUGCGCUCGCUGCGCCGCGACCUGAGCUCGGCCCGCUGGUCCGACGAUCCGGCCCAGCUGGAGGCGCUGGUGGGCCGGUUCGUGGCCCACCUGGAGUCGUACUGCGCCGCGCGCUCCGAGCAGGACCCGGUGUGGACGCUGUCGGCGCCGUGGGCCAGCCCCGCGGAGCGCGGCGCGGCCUACUGGCUCGCCGGGUGGCGCCCCACCACGCUGGUCCACCUGCUCUACACCGAGUCCGGGCGCCGGUUUGAGGCGCAGCUGCCGGACCUCCUCCUGGGCGUGCGGUCGGGGAACCUGGGCGACCUCAGCCCGGCGCAGCUGGCGCAGGUCGACGAGCUGCAGCGGCGCACGGUGGCCGAGGAGGACGCGCUGUCGCGGGAGAUGGCGGAGGUGCAGGAGGGCCGCGGCGUGGUGGCGCCGGGGGGCGGCGAGCUGGACGUGCGCGGACUGGUGCGCCGGGUCCGGGCGGUGCUGGACAAGGCCGACGCGCUGCGGCUGCGCACCAUGAAGCGCGCGGUGGAGAUCCUGCAGCCGGCGCAGGCCGCCGAGCUGCUCGUCGCCGCCGCCGACAUGGAGAUCGGCUUCCGGGAGUUCGGGCUCAAGUACGGAUCGGGCCGCGACGAAUGACCCCGGUUUUUUCCUUUGGAAUUUCUCCCUGCACGCUUUGCCUUGCCUGCUGCUUGGUCCGGGCGGCGGCGUAGGCGUCGUAACUCGUAACCCAGUUUUUUUUAUCCAUCCACCAUCCCCCCAAUUUGUUUGUGUGGUGGCUGUUUUGACUGGGCCUUCUUACCGAGUGCCUACUGGGCCGUGGGCUGUAGCAGGGCAUGCAAAGAAAAUACUAGUAAUAAAAUGCACGAGAUUUGCCUGAGAGUUUUAACGAGAAG